UUGCUUAAAAUGUAUGCUUUAGCCUAGUAGAGUAUGCUAGGCUGGGAGUGCAUUGCCGUAUCUGUAGCUACUCGGCCCCCAGCCUUGUAAACCUUUUUUUUUUAAUUGACAAAAGUGCAGAAUAACUUUAAACAAGCAAUAAAAUUGGGGGGGGGGGGGAACAAAUUAUUUGCACAGAAAAUACGUAAUAUACAAAAAAAUUAACUUGCAACUAGAGGUAGGGUUAAUAGAACAAAAGAAAAAAGCAAUGCAAAAAACUGUUUCAAAUGUCUUCGGGGGCGGGGGGUGACUCGCCCCUUUUUCACAAAGAAAGAAUCGAAUGUAGACUGUUUCUGCCGUCUUUUGAGCACCUUCCUGAAGUGGCUCAUAACAACGUCAUUAAAAUUUUGCAGUACUCUGCAACAUUCUGGUUUUUUAGGGUGAUGGAGUUAGACAAAAUUAUGGAUGUCGUUCCAUUUAGCACAGAAAGAAAGAAGCAACUUUUCGACUUCCUCCAAGAUCUGUGGCCUCUGCUUGGUCACCACGGUUGCUCCUUUCACAACAUCCCUUGCUUCGAGGGCAUCCUCGUGUUUCAGAAUGGCGCCGAUCGUCGAUUUUGCCACGCCAUACUUCUUCGAUAGCUCAGAAACAUGCACACCAGAUUUGGCUAUCAAAUCCUUUUUGAAGUCAACAGUUUUAUGCACCACUUUCCUUUUUUUAGCACCAGCAGUUCCACUUGCCUUCUUUGGAGCCACGAUCGGGGGUUAAAUAUUGCUCAAUUGGAAGAAAAAAAGUCACGACAGGAUUGGGAAAUGUCCGCGAGCAGAAGAGUGUGUGGGUCAGUUGGUUGCGUCGUGCGCGUUACGUCGUUUCCGUUUUUUUAGGGGCUAUGUUCGAAAGCACAAUAACAAAUCGUCGUGGGUCAGCUGGUCGGGGCGUUCGAAUACCGAUUUUCGUCCGAAAACCAAAGCAAAAAAAAAUCUUAAAAUUUUUGUUCGAAAACCGAGGUACCACUGUAACUCACUAGAGUUCGAUUUUGAAAAGGAAUGGUGGAAAUAACGCGUUCACGCAAAGAUUACAAUGGCCCAUUGUAAGCCAUUUUGGAAAAUAGAAAUGCUAUUAUUUGAGUUUAAAGCGGCCAUUUUAGUGUCAUCCUUGAGAUUUUGUCCAACUGCUAUCAAAUUUGGAGCACAAAUAUCACAAAAACUGAUGGGACUUUUGGUCACGGCAUGCGGGAGGAGCACAGGGGGCAAAUUUCGUGACUCGCCAUAAAACUGGAAGCUCUUAACACCUCAACUCCACAGCCCCUGACAAAUUAUUGCACUUUUUUUGUGAUCCUUUGCUGAUUAGCAUCUUUAUUAUUUAAAUGAACAGCACAUAUAACACUGAAUAAAACUGCCACUGAACGAGAUUCCAAAACGGACGUUUCUUUUUUUCUCGCUGCCGUCGGGAAAAGCGAACUUGUCGAGGAAUGCGCCACAGCGAAAAAACUGGAGAAACCCGAACCCGCGUUGAGGGAAUAACAUGGCGCGAGCAGAAACCGUGGGUAAAACGUCCCAGCUAAUUGGUGCCUCGAAUAAGGGCUGCAGGAUGUUUUUCUACAAAUUGAAUUUAAAAAAGAAUGUUAGCCAAGUGCUGUCCUGACUCCACUUGCGUGAAGAGCUAGUGUCAGGUAUUUUUUAUUUUUUUUUACAUUGAGCUCUCUUUAAAUGAACAUUAUACAUGAGUCUAAAAUAUACAUGAGUUUAAAAAAAAAAUAUAUAUAUAUACAUAUAUAAUAUCGCUCUAUAUUAUAAUAUCUUUUUUGAUGCCAAAAGAAGUUAGAAGUUCUUUUGACUAUUGGGAAAAACUGGUCAUGUGUAGUGGACUGCAUCUUUUGAUGAUAGAAAUUUAAAUUGAAUUAAAGUCCAAAUUGGUGUCAGCUAAUUUGCAGACACUUUUUUUAUCUCAUUGUAAACAAAAUUGCAAAUUUCACCAGCGAAUAAAAACGUGAAAUUGUUUUUGCCAGAGACAAUUUAAAAAAAGACUGGGCGGCAUGUGUUAAUAUUUUGCUAAUAUAUGUAUCGCGAACGAAAAUAUGAUAAAAUAGUGAGUUUUUUCGCGUUCAAAAUAAGAUCAAAUCGUGAGCAUGCUUUUAACAUGUAAAAAUCAAGAAAUUGAUAUGUCAUAAUUGAGCUUUCUGAUAGUUUACAGAUGAUAUUACGAUACGACAAUAUCUGGAAGAAAACAUUAAUGAUUCAUCAUAAAUACCAAUACAGUACUCAUGCAUAUUUAGCAUCACUAGCAAUUUACAAAACAUUUUCGCAUUUUAUUUUUAUUUUUGUGGGUGAGUUUCACUGUUUACUUGCUCCAUAUUUGUCAACGUUAACUAGUAUUUUAUUGUUUUUACAUAAUAUUAAUUGAGGCAGCUCACCACUUUUUAAAAAGUACAUUUUAUUUAUGUAGCUUCUUACAGAAAGGACUCACAAAUACAUCGCAAAUGUGCAGUUAGAAAUCAAAAGUAAGUGGUUUGCAUUUUUAUAUUAAACAUAACUUGGCACUAAACAUUCUUGUUGCGCCUUCUCUGUUAAAAUUAAUACAGACAGACCAUAUUUUUUAUAUUUUUAACCAAAAUCCACCAAAAGCCCAAGCGAACUUUUCACAUUUGCCUCAGCGUGAUGCAGCUGCCACACUCGCUCUCCUGAGCAGUCCAAAAAGACCCCAACACCAAACCGCCCCCCCCACCAGAAAGACCAUUGCCAUGGCAACACAUAAACUGUCGUAAGAGAAUUAAUUAGAAAAGCGAUGUCACUGACAUACAUUUUCACAAAUUAUAAAUGACAGCUUUCAUUCAGAAAAACUAAACUGUGAAAAAAAAAAACGUUUAAACAUUCAAAACUUAAAAAAAUGUUAAGACAUAUAAAUAAACAAGUGUUAUUUUCUAUAUUAAGUACAUCCGCGGUGUUUUAAAAAUAUUUGUGUCCAUCCAGCUGUGGGCAUACUACUUGCUUAGAUCAGUUUACAGCUCAUCUCAAAAUUGUAUACGAAUAUUUUUUGUUGUUGCAAUUUGGCCAAUUAGAGAAAUGAUAAAGGUAUCUGCAAUAUGUCAUUGGAGAUGUUUAUGCACACACUGACUGCCCGAAUCAUAUUUUAUAGCGCAUUAUAUAUUUUAGUUACGACAACUGCAGGAACAUUGAGGAGAUGCGUCACUUUAAAUUUUAUUUGUGUGUGUAUGAUGGUUUUAGAAAUACUCAGAUCAAAUAGGAAAAUAUGUAUUUCUACCUUAACCAAAUUCACAUAUUGAAGGUGAAAGUUAAUAAAGAUUUAGAAUAAAAGUCAGCAUGAGUCACGUGCACGUGCAAAAAAACAAGAAAUCGUGGCGUAUUCGUGAGUUGGCCAUUUCAGGAGCAGAGUGCGGUUCAGUUCGGUGUGGAUUGGGCCGCCAGUGGGAGGAGUUGCGUGGGAGAGCAAGGAUGGGGUGGAGGGUGGGGGGCGGUUGUUGAUGUCUUGCUGGCGGGGGCGUCUUGGAAGACUAUUUGGGGGUCUAUAAAGUCGCGCCGCCGCCGCGAUGACCGCGGCACUCAAGAUGAUGAUGAUGGACUUCAUGGAGGACAAGUUCGGCCUGAAGAACCAGGCCAUGAAGGCCGCGGACUACUUCAUGGAGCCCGCUAUGGAGAGCCUGGACGGCGGCGUGUACUUCGCCAAGUCUCCCCCGAAAUGCGCGCAGGGCUUCGGCGAGCACCGCGCCUCGCCCCAGCACGCCGGCUACGGGCCGGCCAAGGCGGAGCAGCUGGCCGCCUCGGCGGCGUCGUGUUGCCGCGGCGACGAGGCGGACGAGGCGGCGGAGGACAAGGGCGACGACAAGGUGACGAGCAGCAAAAAGCGACGGCACCGGACCACCUUCAGCAGCGCGCAGCUGGACGAGCUGGAGAAAGUCUUCCAGAAGACGCACUACCCGGACGUGUACGUGCGCGAGCAGCUGGCCACCAGAACCGAGCUGACGGAGGCCCGGGUGCAGGUUUGGUUUCAGAACCGAAGAGCCAAGUGGAGGAAGCGAGAACGUUACGGGCAAAUUCAGCAAGCCAAAAGCCAUUUUGCCUCCGCCUACGACUUAUCGGUGCUGCCUCGCACCGACGGCUACGCGCAGCUUCCAAACAACUUGUGGUCGGGCCCGCCCCCGGCCGGUUCCGUGGUGCCCCCCUGCAUGCUGCCCCGAGGCUCGCCGCCCUGCGUGGCCUCCUACUCCCCGCGCUCGGCCUCCUCUGCCGCCGCCGCCGCCGCCGGGGACCACGGCCACGGCUACUUCCCCAACCAGCAGAACCAGUUCGGCCACGUCUCCCUCAACAACUUCUGCGGCGACCCGCUUCUCUCGCCGGCGGCGGCCGGCGGCCACCACGCGUUCGAGACCAAGCCCGAGUUCGAGAGACGCUCGUCCAGCAUCGCCGUGCUGCGUAUGAAGGCCAAGGAGCACGCCGCCAACAUCUCCUGGGCCAUGUGAUCCCGCUUCUAGAACCAAAGAAACCGUUUGGAGGCUCAGGAGUCAGACAGAGUCCGGAUAAUGCACUAAAAACCGUCUGUCGCCAUCUACUGGGCCGUGUGUCUUUGGACUCGUGCUCACAUGCUCACCCGCUUCUAGAACCAAAGAUACUGAGCAGCUUCUUGAGCCCAAAAAUACUUUUGAGGCAAUAAAAAGACGCUGCCCGUGUCUGGAGGUGUAUGUGAUACCACCUUUGGACAACAACAAGCAAAUCCUGACCCACUUUUUGAGCCCAAGAAACUUUGACCCACUUCUAGAACCUAAAAACUCAUUUGAGGCUCUAAAGUGAGGCCGACGCCAGAUAAUGCACAUGAAGGCAAUUGUUGUGAUCUCGCGCCUGGACGUUUGGAGACAGCUGUGGGGUUUUUUUUGUUUUUGUUUUUUUUUUUUUUGCAGUCACAUGCUAACUGUCCUCUAGAACCGAAGAAAUUUGGACACAGUUCUGGAGCCAAAGAAGCCCUUCGUUUAGAGGUUCUGGAGUGAUGUGGACUCAACGUACAUGAAUGCAACAAACACUCGGGCUCUCGAAACACACCUUGUGUCUCUAUGGUCCCCUGCUGAUCCACUUCUAGAACCAAAGAAACUCUGGCCCACUUCUAGUGCAAAAAAUAAUAAUAAUAAUAAUAAUAAUAAUAAUAAAUUGCUCAGGAGGGACGUUUGAUUAAUGCAAAUAAAGGCAAUAAAAAACAGGCUUUUGUGAUCGCAAAGUUUGGACUCACAAAAUGCACUCUCAUGGUCACACAUGGUGACCCACUUCUAGAACCCCAAAAGACACUUUUGAGGCUCAAGAACGAGGUUUUGGCGGACUCCAGUUUAUGCAAAUGAAGGCAUUAACAAAAAAUAAUAAUAAUAACAAAUCACUUCCAUGUGUUUGGAGCGAUUUGGACUCAAGGCACGUGAAUGCCAUAAAAGAUGUUGCAUCUUUCAAGGCAGCUGAGAUCAAAAAUUUCACAUAUUUGGACUCGCAGAAAGUUGCCCAGAAACAAAUGUUUCGGUUCUGAAAUGAAAAACAACCUGCGCCCCAUCUUUGGAACCCAAAACAGACAGACUGGCUGGCUUCUGGAACCAAAAGAGCGUUGACUCGCUUCUGUGAAAAUAAAUAAUACCAUCCCACUUAUGAAAAAAAAACAAAACAAAACAAAUGGUUCUUUCUGGAAGUAAGAUUAAAAAUAUUAUUGCGUUUGUGGUUUUAUUUCUGGAACCCUGCAAAAGACUCACCAACAUCUGGACCUAAACAAAUGCAGACCGGCUUUGAGAACAAAAAAGAAAGGGGCUGGGGGGGGAAUAAAACGGCGCUCUGCUUCUGGACCUGAAGCUAAUCCACUUCUGGAACCAAUGAGAAAAUACAUGAACAGUUCUGGAACAAAAAAAAAAAAGUGUCCCUCUUGUGUCACCCAAAAAGACUCCUGAUUUUGAGACUAAAAAAAAAAUCCACUGCCCUGCUUUUGGAACCGAGAUAACAACUUGGAAAAUAAUAAGAAAAUUUCUUGCUUCAAGAAAAAAAAAAAAAAACACAACAGAACAGGAACCAAAAAGACACCCAGAAAAUGGAAUUGGAAGCCCAAGAAAAAAACCAAAAAAACCCAAAAAGAGUUGACUUCAGCAACACAAGACAACAACAACGAUUACAAAAAUGUUUGUGAAACCAAGCCAAACACACACAAAC